AUGUGUCUAAAGAUAGUAACCGCUGUGAACAAUUCAUCAUUAAUCCAGCCAGGUUUCUCAUUGCUUCAUUUUGGAAGCCAUGUGUUUUUCUUUGGACAGAAAGGUUGGCCGAAGCGUUCCUGCCCAACGGGUGUCUUCCUUCUUAAUCUGAAAUGUAACGAAUUGAGGUUGAGGUCUACCACAUUCAGUAAUAAUUCUUGUUACCUCCCUCCACUGAGAUACCCAGCUAUUACUCAACUGCCAUCUAGUUCAAAUGAUGAGUCUACUCAAUACCUCAUCCAUGGUGGAAAGACCCCAAACAAUGACAUUUCUCACAAAUUAUAUAUCAUGUCCAUGGUGCCAUCAGUCAACAAGAAAAUUAUUCUGUGUUGUAUGGAGAAAGAUCUAUUGGGAGAUAUUCCAGAGGCAAGGUAUGGACAUUCCAUAAAUGUGGUCCACAGCAGGGGAAAGUCUGCAACAGUGCUGUUCGGUGGGAGGUCAUAUGUGCCAUUAAGUAAAAGAACAACAGAGAAUUGGAACAGUGUUGCUGACUGUCAGCCACUCAUAUAUCUUAUUGACCUGCAGUUUGGAUUAUCUACCUCAUACAACCUACCUGAGCUCCAAGAUGGAAUUUCUUUCCAUGUUUCCUUAGCAAAACAUGAUACUGUCUAUAUUAUGGGUGGCCACUGCAUUGAAAGUAAUUGUAGAUCUACAAAUAUUUACAAGAUUAAAGUAGACCUUCCUCUUGGGAGUCCAGCUGUCACAUGCACAGUCAUGCAAGGCAGCUUGUCCUUCUCUAGUGCAAUAGCAACACAGAUCAGUCUUGAAGAAUUUAUGAUAGUUGGCGGAUAUGAGUCUGACAGUCAAAAAAGAUUUAUUUGCAACAGAGUUUGCAUAAAAGAAGACACCAUUGACAUUCAGAAAUCUGAGACACCUGAAUGGACAGGCGAAAUUAAACAAAGCAAGACAUGGUUUGGGGGGGAUAUGGGACGUGGUGCAGUGUUAUUAGUAAUCCCAGGAGAUAAUAAACACCCAUGCUCAGAAUCCAGCUAUUUCCUGUACAUUUUAAACUUUGGAGAGGAUGAGCAAAUAAUGCAGAGUUGCAGCCAAGGCUCUACAGAGGAGCUGGAGGAUUCUAUGCCACUAGAAGAUUCUGAAGAGUUCACAUUUAACAAUGAUGGAAACCUGUUUGAUGAGGACACUUAUAAUGAAGAUGAUGAAGAAGACGAAUCAGAGACGGGUUACUGGAUCACAUGUUGCACUGACUGCCAGGUUGACAUUAACACUUGGGUACCAUUCUAUUCCACAGAACUCAACAAACCAUCUAUGAUCUAUUGCUCCAAUGAAGGUGGUCACUGGGUGCACUCUCAGUGCAUGGGCCUUUCGGAAAAUAUGUUAAUCUACCUGUCGGAGAACAACGUCAAAUACUUCUGCAAUGAACAUGUUAAGCUUGCCAAAAGUCUUCAGACUCCGAGAAAAACUGCUCCUCUAAAGAAGCCAUGUCUGAAGACAAUACGCAAGAAAAAUGUCCCUAGUCGACUAUCAGCAGUACAGAAAUCAUUCCUAAGACGUCUAUUUGAGUAG